AUGCUUGGCAAAGUACUUAACGUCGCAGUGUUUGUAGCCUUUGCAGCUUUCGGACUCGAUCGACUCCCUGUGAUCAAUACCUUCAUAGCGAAUGCGCCUUCGAAGCUUGCUAUCGUGCAGCCUCAUCGAUAUGUAUACCCGCUGAAGGAGCUUAAGAACUGCGAGGAUGCGGUCAUGGUCCGGAGUGUUGGGUUUGGGAUACUGAGCUGUGACCCAGGGAGGGACCAUUGGAAUCCAAUAAUGGAAUGUGCUUCAUAUGUCGCCGGUCUGAAUGUUUUCGACGACCCAAAGAAAGGCCCACCUGGCCAUCUCGUUCGAUACAUGUAUAAGGGCCGCAACAUGGCGAGCCACGUGGACAUUGAGUUGGUUGAUUAUCCAGAAACCGGAGGGGAAUUCCAUCCGUUGGGUAUCGAGUAUCAUGAGGAGAGUAAGACACUAUUCGUGAUUAACAAUCUUUCCACUGGCAAGCGGCUCGAGAUUUUCUCCGACCACGAAACUUACAUCACCAAUUGCCAGUACUUCGGCCACGAGAAUCAUCACGUCCUUCAGACCAUCGAGACUCUGGUCGGCUUGCCCCUCGGAGGUGUUUUUUACGUCAAUUUCGCCACAAACGAGGUGCGUUCCGUUGCUCGUGUUCCGUUCGCCAAUGGUGUCGUACUCCUGAAUUCGACACAUGUCGCAGUGGCUUCAACCACAAAAACUGGUAUCUACUUUUACGAGCGUAAUUCCACCACUAACGAGCUGAGCCACAAACGUACUGUCCGAACGAAGCAUUUCGUAGACAACCUGAGUGUCGAUGAUUCGGGAGCGCUGAUUCUCGCCGGACAUCCGCAUCUUCCUAGUCUUGAACAGAAGGUCGCGUGUGCUGCUCGAAGAGAUGACCCGGAGUGCUUGGAUGUCAAGGCAGGCAGCUGGAUCCAAGAGUGGACGGAGCAAGAAGGCUUGAAGGACCUGUAUGUCGGGCAUGAAUUCGAGAGUGCCUGUACGGCGGUGAGGGACAAGGCUUUUGGGCGGGGCUUUGCGGUGGGUUUGUAUGGUGAGGGAAUACUGCUAUGGGGUCAGCUUGACUAG